UCAAAACUUUCACAUUCGAAAUUAGAAGCAACGUUCGAAGAUGUCUGGCCGUGGAAAAGGUGGAAAGGGUUUGGGAAAGGGAGGAGCGAAGAGGCACAGGAAGGUACUUCGUGAUAACAUUCAGGGCAUAACCAAGCCCGCAAUUCGCCGAUUGGCCAGAAGAGGUGGCGUUAAGAGAAUUAGUGGCCUCAUCUACGAAGAAACUCGUGGUGUUCUCAAGAUCUUCCUUGAGAAUGUUAUUCGCGAUGCUGUUACCUACACGGAGCACGCUAGGAGGAAAACCGUGACUGCUAUGGACGUUGUUUAUGCCCUCAAAAGGCAAGGCAGGACUCUAUACGGUUUUGGUGGUUGAUUCUGGUUUUUUUUAUUAUUAGGGUUUUGAUUGGCCUUUAGAUGGUCAUUGUUGUAAAUGGUGGUUUAAUUGGGAGUAUUGAUUUUGUGUUCUUGUGUUAAGCCUUUUGUUAGGUGUACUUUUUAUAUCCGUU